ACAAAGGUGACACCCUGUAUGUCCUCACCUCGAUCAACCAGGACCUGCCCGCCCCGGCAGAGGAGCGGGUAAACUAUCUCCCGCACUAUGAUACAAUAGUCAAGGGAGGCAUGUAUGAAUAUUAUGCUUCAGAGGGACAGAACCCAUUGCCAUAUGCCUUUGCCGAGCUGAUUGACAACUCUUUGGCAGCCACAGCUGAUAACCUGGGGGUUCGUCAGAUUGAAAUUAGAUUGCAUUUUGACGACACAAACCCAUCCAAGAAUGUGAUGGUAGUCCUCGACAACGGGAAGGGCAUGGCACCAAAACAACUGAACAACUGGGCCAUCUACAGGCUGUCAAAGUUCAUCCGCAAGGACAAGAAACGUAAAUUCUCUGCUGCAGAGGACGGAGGGGCAGGGAAUGAUGACGAUGAUGAUAACCGGCCCUCCACCCCCGGCACUGCACCAAGAUCUCUCAACUCAGACAUCUCAUAUUUUGGAGUAGGUGGCAAACAGGCCGUUUUCUUCAUCGGAACAUCCACCAGGAUGAUCUCCAAACCAAGGGACUCCCGCGACGUCCACGAGCUGACUAUCUCCAAGGAAGAGUUUGAGAGGAAGGAGAAAAAUAAGGAGGCCAUAUACAGUGGUUUCAUCAGAAACAGAAAGCCCGGCGAUACAAGUCACUUGAAAGAUGAAGACGAAGUUGUACGCCAUCUCAUCGAAGAAGAAAAAGACAAAGACCAUUUUACCGCUGUCGUCAUCAAUGGUAUCAACCAGACACACAUUCCAUAUAUGAAGACACAGGCCAAAUCCUGGGCAAGACAAUUAGCACACAUCUAUCACUAUUACAUCCAUGGCCCACAUGGCAACAUGGACAAACCAGAUGAAACGAGGCGACCAGGAAGCCCGUUCAAAAAUAUCGACAUUGAGAUCAAAAUCUUCAACAAAGGUCACACCACGCCUAAAGUCAUCAGCUUACGAGACAUCAGCGAUGACAUGCAGACACAGUACAUACGCUCAGCCGUCUGUAACUUCGACUUCAAGGCGACCGUGGAGGGGACGGGGGUAGUCGAGGGGGUGCUGCGGUACCAUCCGUUCAUGUACGACCGAGAGACGUACCCAUCUGAUGCCAUCGACCCCAGAGCCGAAGCGUUCCCGGAAGACGACAGUGACGUCAACUAUUCUGACAUCAGACCGGCCCGAGGCCGGAGGGCGAUUUAUGAGUGUUACUGGAACGGCCGGCUGAUUCCAUACACGACGAUUGACGAUUUUGAAUGGUGCAGCAUCCCGAAGAAAGCCAGGGGCAACAUCCCACUGGAAUGUUUCAACAGGAUCUCUGGUGUUCUCUUCACAAACGACAAGUUCCAAGUCAGCACAAAUAAGUUGACCUUCAUCGACCUUGAGAUGAAGCUAAGAGACAAGCAGUGCGUGUUCAGUCGGGUCAUCCAGGGACCCAGGCCUCAGGAAAAGAGGACAAAUAUCGACAAAGAGUUCUACAACUGGUUGAAGGAGUGUCACGAGCAGUGUGACAAACAGAUCAAGUUCUCUCACUUCACUAAACAAGUAUCGAGGAAUGACCUGCCGAAAAACAAGCAGACGCCGUGGGCAGAGUACACGCACAUCGAGUGGGAUGGGAAGGCUUUCCAGAAAGGUCAACUGGUGCGGAUACAGAGAACACUGCCAGUGACCUACGGUAGAAUCAACCGCUUCUUACUCUUCGGGGACCACGAGGGCGACGUGUUUGCCACAGGUGGCGACAUUGAGAUCGUCCAGGAACCAAAGACGUUGUACGAUGAGGUGAAAGUCUACCCGCUGGUGAAGCUGGACCGGACAGUGACGCAGGAAGCGAUCAAGAAAUAUAUCGAGGAGGAAGAGGCAAAACUCCCUCACAAAUUGAAAAUCGCGUGGCCGGAGGGAUACGAAGUGACGAAGGGUGAAAAGAGAGCGGCGGGAAAGACAGUCGGUGCCAUAAAAGUUGAGAUUGCCAAUAGGAAGGGAGAGUACAUCAGCAAGUUGCCUGGGACGGUCGGCUCGUCCAAGAAACUGCUGGUGGAGCUUAAAGUUAUAUGGCAUUCACCACAUGGUGAUGAAGUCAUUGUCUCUCACAUCAGUCAGCACGGCAAGACCUGGCCCUACUGGUUCAGAAAGAUGGAAAACAUCAAAAAUCUUGGACAAUACACGAUUUCUAUCCAAGCCGUCUUAAAUGAGAGCGGAGCGAAUAAGUUUGCUGGUCGGGAGCUCCCAAUGGAGAAAAUCAAAUUCACAGUCACAGAGGCAGAGCCGGAAAAGUUCAACGUCGGUCUCCUGGAGGGUCCGUUCCGAGUUGGCUCACCAUUCCAGAUUCCGUUAGAAUUCCAGGACGGAUACAACAACCUCACAAAACCAAGUGAAAAACUGGAACCAAAACUAGAAGCAAGUGGCCUCGAGUUGAAGUACGACCAAACAGAAAUCAAAGGCAAUACAUUGGUCAUCAAGGGCAUCAUAGCUAAAGGUGCCGUCAGCUCUGUGACCGGGCAAAACUUCGAUCUGACGGUGAGCGUAGAGGCUCUAGAGAACUCAAAACAGUCUCUCAAGAUUAGGUUACUCCCUGGUCCGCCCCAAUCCAUCCGGGUACAGCCGACAGAAGAGCCGAUUGAAAUCGAGAACGGACAGCCAGCAAACUUUACCGUCUGUCUGUUGGAUGAAGCGGGCAAUGUGACAACAGUUCCUAAAGUGGUGCUGACGGCAAAGUUCACAGGUGUGCCCGGCCUCGCCCAUUACCUCUACACUGGAGACUGUACAAGCACCGGUCAUAUCGUGUUCACAGGCGAGCCCCUCGUCAUGAAGAAAGUGCGGGGAUCACAGAACCUCACUGCUAAGAUCGAAGUGCAGGUAGAUGGUAUGCGAAAUAUCAAAGCCGUGGAGAGAAAGCUGGUCAUCGUGCCGAGUUCUAAGGCAAGCAACAUGGAGGUAUUCUACAAGUAUAACGGAGAUAAAAAUCUCCCUAUCAGAGCAGGGUCUGACAUCAAUGGUGUGGCUGGUGAAAUGAUUAAAGGAAUUACUUUCAAAAUCUUUGACGAAGCUGGUCGGGAAAUAGAAAUGGAGGACCAUUUGGCCAAGAAAGUCAAAGUGAACUGGACGCCCAAGUUAAUCAAAGACCUGGUCUUGAAAGGCGGCCUGCCUGAUAUUAAAAUACCGACGUCUGCUUCCGACACCAAGUAUUGUCAUAUAAGUAUCAAUGGAACUGGGGUGGAUUUCUCUUUCACGAUCAAACCUACCCCCGGUGAGCCAGCUGUGUUGAAGUGUAAAUGCGCAUCGACCCAAAUGAGGAUCGGUGAAACACUUGACGGCGAGAUCGUCAUCACCCUCAAGGAUAAGAAAGACAAUGAAAUUAAAAAUUUACCCAGCAGUGCAAUAGAUGACCUCGAGGUCUCGGGCGAUGAUCUGAACAUCCACGAAAUCGACAAAAGCAUCAACGGCAAUACGUUUGUGAUCAAAGGAGUCAAGUUCGAGGGCAACAGUCUUGGCGGGAAAGAACUCAAGAUCAAGUGGAAGGAGUUGACGGAAUAUGUUCGGCUACAGAUGGUGUCCGGGCCGCCGGCAAAGUUGACCAUUCCUGGAUGGGAUUUAACGCAGGCAGUGGCUGUCUUCAACGAGCGCAAGUUUGAGAAGCCAUUGAUCGUACAAGUGUGUGAUGAGUUAGGCAACCCGACCUCCGACCCUGAGGUCAAAGUUCAACUGGCGAAGGAUACUGGCAUCAAGCUAUCUCCCGCACCACAACCCACCAAAGUUGACAAAGCUGGACAAGUGAACUUCGGCAACUUAAUUGUGACAGCGAAAACUGGGAGUUAUGAGAUUCAACCCAAAGCUCUCUACGGGAAGGUCGCGCUGUCAGGUCCGAAGUUAAAGAUCAGCGUGACGCCAGAUGCUGCCAAGCCUGUUUCCAUUAAGUUACAGUAUGACAAGAAUGCUGUCUACGUGGUCGGAUUCUCAAUGCCAUCCUACACAGUCGAAGUUAUAGCAGAAGACGACACACUCAUGACAGCCGCCCAGCCAUCGUAUCUGACCAUGCGGCUCUGGAGGGCGGACAACAUCAACCCUAAACCACCAGACUCGGGUUCAGGAAGUAAACUGGCCAUAUCGUACAGUCCUGACCCAAGGAAAGAAACUGACAAAGAUGGGAUAUUUGUGUUCAGCAACAAGAAGGUGCCUGAGUUAGCCGGCAUGCACAGCGUAGUCUUCAUCUACAAUGACGGCAAACACGAAGUCUUGAGCAACCAAGUGGCGAUCAACGUGUCACCAGGAUCGCCGGCGAAACUAGUUCCAGUCUACCCACCUGGGACGCUGACGGUGUCGAAUACGUCUAAAGCUGGAGCCAGGUCACUGAUCAAGAGUGUCAAGUUUGAACUUCGGGACAAAUAUGAAAACAAAACCGGCCACAACAUCAAUGGCGUGAUGGCGAUGGAGAUCAUGUCGACAGACGGCACGACGCAUGAGGUGCCAAACUUUGUCGGUCAGACCAGACGGAAGGAAACCCCGAUGAGCCAGGGUCAGGCUAUGGCAGCAAAUCUAACGAUAGAAGAGGACAGCCCAGGAAAAGAUGGCGUCCAGUACAUUCUGCGUGUGUCCAUUCUCAGCCAAAAGUUAGAACAGUUCAAGAUUCCACACUACGAUAUUCCAUUCCUGUUUUAUAACGAUGCCCGGAAACAAACUCAGAUGUCGGCACUGACCAAGGAGAGAGACAACCUCAAACAGAACAUCAAGGCGUACGAAUCGUUGUUUGAGACGACACAGAUGUUGAUCAAGGAGUUACAGAUUCUCGUGAAUGAAGCCACCAAGGAAGAGAAAAGAAUCAAGGACGAACUCAAAAAACAGAAAAUUCCUGAGUCACAAAUUAAUAAUAAAAAGAAUCUCGAGCGUUUAAUCGACCACCGGAUAAAAGAACGAGACGAGCUCAUCAACCGACCACGCCGAGUCUGUACUGUACCCCUGGCACCGAAGGAAAACGAGGUGUUAGGCAAAGUGUGCCAUCUCGCCCAGGCUGAGGACGAGGAUUCGGCGCGUGUUUUAUCUUGGCACAUGUCAGCUGAUAUGGACUGCGUGGUCACGCAUACUCUUAAAAAGGCGAAAGAUAUUUACUCAAAAUCUGGAGGCAAACAGCAAGUGCUGCCGCUGGAAUCUAUAUACAGAAAAACACUGCCCGAUUGGAAUAAACCAUUACCCCAUGUUAGAUUUCGCCCCAACUGGAAGCCACAGGGUAACCCAAUGUAUGCCAGGAAUCUGCUGAUUUUCCCACACGACCCAGACAACUGUAAAUUAGUAUUUGGCAUGCUCCUCGGUGACACCAUAAUCCUGGACAACUUAGACCACGCCAACGCCUACCGACACGAAAUCGUGAGAUUCACCCACUGCCCCACAAUCCUGACCAGAACCGGCGACCGCAUCCGUAGCAAUGGAAAGUUCGGAGGUCUGAUGAACAAAGCAUUGCCAAUUGAACGUCUGCGGGGUAUGGUGUUUGGUGCCCCACUGCCAAUGGCCUACCAUGCUGUCUGUACUCAAAUAGACGUUCUCCAGAGUUACCGAGAGGCGCUCGUGAAGAGAGAGAAGGCAACCAAUGAUCUCCAGGAGCAGCUGAACAACCAGAAGACUGUCGAGAUGAAGACCAAGAACCGGGAAUAUAACGAUGCCAAAAGUCAACUCGGCCAGAUUGAGUCAAGACUUGGAAUGUGCAAGCAGCCAGAGCAGGACAAACAAGAAAGCAUGGACACGAAUGAAAAUGAAAACAAUGCAAAGGACAUUAAUAAAAGCAGGGGGCGCCGCUCAGCUGCUGCAGACGACGGGCCGUCUGCUAAGAAAAGUCGCCAGGCAUCACCCGCAGUUAACGGAAGUCCUGCUCAAGGGACAAGGCGGCCGAAACGGAACAUUCAGUCACCGAGAAAAUUUUAAGGAACAGUUCAAUUGUAGUUGAUAGAUCGGUUGUAGAUGAACAGAAGGUUAUUCCAAUGCAUUAGGUCGCUAAGUAGGCCUUUUAUCUAUGCUGGAGGAUGUCGGCGCUCAGACGUACCAUAGUACCUAUGCUGUGGGAAUAUUUGCUCUACGAUCUUAUGAAUGGCACUCAGUAUACAUAGUAUAUCCAAUAUGGUGUAUUUUGCCUUCAUGUACUUAUGAGAUUUUGAGGCCAAUUGGUAGACCAGUGUUAUAUUGAGGAGCCAAGUUCUUGUCUAGCUUGUUUGGAAGUGACAGGCAGACAUGUUUCAAACUGCACCGACUGCAACUGAUACCAUUUUGAUGAAAAAUUGUUUCACGUGCGUGUGAAGAUGUGAAAAACUCUGAAUUUGUUUCAUGGAUGAAUAAGUGGGGAGAACAUGGGGUGCAGGUGUCACUCUCAUUAUAGCUCAGUGCAGCAAUAAUUGUGGUAGGUUGCAUCGAUAAAUAUUGCUGGUUUGUAGGGCGCUGGAUAAAAGACAUCUGGUCAGAGAUUUUUGCAUGCAAAUUUGAAUCUUUGGGGAUUUCCAGUGAGCUUUUAAAAUAAUGGUCUUGUAUAUACAUGUACAUGUAGUUCUAGUAUUUGUAAUUCAUGAUGUUGGGGGGAAUUUUUGUCUGAAUAUGAAAAUGAUAGAUCUCAUGCAUGCAUGCAUUUGUAAGUGGUCUUCAGUUCGAAUGAAUUAUUAAAUACUUUAUGAAAAGGUCGAAAUUAUAUACCAAAAUCUGUGUUCUUUUCAAUUUACAAUUUGAUACAAUUUUUUGUAUGGUGUCAAUAGUUUUCGAAUAUCGUUACUUCCUGAAGUACAUGUGAACAACUGGGUUCAAAUAUUGUAAAGCUCCAUUUACUCGGUACGUUUUCAUGAUAUUUAGUAGUUUUCGAAAACAAUGUUGUGUAGGUCCCCAAAGAUAGGAAGUUUCUCUGAAAAAGCUAAAAUUCCUCAAAGUAAUGAAGAAAUAUGUUGUGUAUACACGUGACUCUUGUUUUUUUUCUUGUGGCUUGCGCACUUUCCUUUAAAAGGAUUUGGGAGCAUUGUGUGGUGUAAACUUGCCUAGAAUUGAUGUGGUGAAGUGUUUGUAACAGGACAGCCCUGGAAAUACAGAUCCUGACAACUGGUUGGCCCUAAACUCCCCUCAAGAUAUUUAGGAACUGAUGUGCAUCAACUUUUUAACUACAUACAUGUAUGACCCCUUCAUGUAAUACAAAUCGUAUAGUGCUUCCUGAGCACUGUUAAUUUUGCAAAAAUGUCAAAACGCAUCCUCUUCCAUUAGUUGUUUCUGCAAAGCUUCUUCUGAUAUUCUGGAAAGUAAAAUGAUCUAUUGGGCUUUGAAAUGUAACAGUGUUGUAUCGGACUAAAUGCGAGUCAAGUUUUAUCGAAUACUGUCUGUUUUAGGUCUAGCAGUGUCGUACGUAGCUUGUCAAUUAUAUUUUUGUCAAAAAAUGCGUUAUCCAUCAUCUGUACAAUGUUCGAUUAACAUUUUCAUGAGAUAUAAAA